AAGAACAAACUGGCGAAACUGCUAACAGUCGUUGUAUACCGAGAGCGCUGCCCCCCUGCCCUACGGCCAAACGACACACGAGCAAACAACGCCCCAUACACACGCUACGUCACUAAUAGACAUCACCCGAAAAUAAGACGAAAGACUUCAACGACCGAAUCGACGACGAACGCGAUGAGCGAGCGCGCCAGCCGUAGUCGCGGUGAAAACUCAUUUUGCCUACCGUUCUGGGCUCGUUCGGUGCAGUCGACUGUGAUCGUUCAGCGGGUGCACAUCUUCCAACUACUACCUCCUGAGUACGUGAGUUUUCGCCGGUUUACCGCACCGCUAGAUUUGCAUCGAUUUCGGGAAAAUUGGCGUAAAAAAAUCGUCGCGAUCGUGAAACGUUUUAUUUUAUUACUGCCUUUUAUGUGGCAAGACAAUGCUGCCGGUGUUGCGUCUAGAUUUGUUUGUGGUAAACAUUGCUACCGCUAAGCAAAACCGCUCUGAGAAACAGUGCAAACACAAAUUAUUGCCAUGCUAAUGUGAAAUACAAUAUUUGAAAUUCAACGAUCGUUGUUGCUGCUGUUACCGGGACAAACAACGAACAAUUACCACUACUUGUCCCCCCCCCCUUUCCCCUCCUUGGCCCCUGGAGUUAAUGCAAAGUUAAAAAACGUGAAAUUGAUUAAGAAACUACCGGCGGUGCAGUUACUACAGUUCAGCAUCACACAUCUUCCCUGUGUACAACCGUCGAUAGACCGGCGCAACAAGUAAACCUUGCAAACCGAUGCAUUACAAAUUUGCUCAACUGACCACAAAUAAGCAAUAGAAUCGGAUUUCCAGCGCGUUUAACCUUCACGAAAAUGUCCUUAGUGGUUGAGCAAAUUCACCAGCACACGGGCGAGAUCUAAUCAUGGACGCGUGUUGGAUGAUGCAUUUUCCAUCUAUUGGAUACGCUUUACAGAGCGUGCCCCUGAAACUGUAGCAGUGGAUGUAUUAAGGCGAUUUUUCACGCCGCUAAUCUGUUGCCGAUAAAUGGACGCUACAUACACCCGGUACAUAUUGUUUGGUUUUGUGAUUUUUAUGCACGAGAAAAAAAUGGCGCACAGAAAAAAGUGAGAGUGAAUAUAGAUUUUUCAAACGUAGAAAUAAUUUAAAUAUUUAACAAUCACAGAAGUCCCUAGAAACCACAAUUUGUAAGCAAUUGUUCUCUGAUUUGGUCGAAAGUGUUCAACCUUCAGGGAGUUAUGUUCACAUGCUCAAUUACCACUUUCUAUAGCUUUAUCACCGCUCAAAAAACCCUAGCCCAUGAAUACAUACACCGAAAAACGUUUUAUAAUUUGCGUCACACUUUCCUCAAGUUGUGUGUUUCUGUCGUGUACACAUAUGCUGAUCUCUAUUUUUUAUCUGUUUUCAACGCCAAUCUAGCAUCACCUACAGCAUUUAGCUCAUCGUUUGCGUACGGGCUCGUUUCGUAAAGUGUUUGGCAACGGCCAAUAUUGCAAACCAUAUCCGGCUGUGAAAAUGACGAUCGCCAAUUGAUUGUAAUGCGCCGUGGUUGUAAGCGAACCUAAACGUAUUGCGCAUAUUGCGGGUUCCCGGUCAAAUUGACAAAAAAAAGUAUAUUUUAUUGUUGAAAACCAAAAAAUCCGGGAGUUCUUGUCAGUGCGAUUAUGAAGUGAGUGAAGUGUGGUUUUGUGAGUGAAAGGUACUGCUAAACAUUUUAAUAAGGCAAACCUAUUAAAAUGAAUGAGUGAUAUGUAAGUGUGUGUGAGUGUGUACAUAGAAUUACUGUAACCUAAAAACAUAUGGAGUAUAUUAAAUCAGUUUAGUGUAUUACAGUGAACGACCGUACUAUCAGUGCGUUUAAGAGUGCGUACGAAUCUCGUUCGAACAGUGUUUGUUUAGAGUAUUUCUUUUAAUAAGAAAUCGAACCUUUUCGCCAAGCCAUAAAAUGGCUAUCAGAAGGGUUUUAUUUGUACUUUGUGGUUUGUUGCUGUUAUCUAAUUUGGCCUCAGCCGGAAACUCGUUUGCUGAAACAUUUCAAAUUGAGGAGUACCUCAAAUUUCCACCGUUAUACGUGUACGACGACUUUGAGGAUUGCCGUCGGUGGUAUCGGGAUCGGUACGUUUAUUGUAUCGUGAAGGCACCACUAGCACCGGAUGAAUCAUCCGCUUUGUGGAGAAAUAUUAGCUAUUUUUCCAGCGAUUAUCACCACUACGACCAUUCGGUGCUGGAGCGUGGCGUAUGUAUUCCAAAGUGUCACGAUGCCAUCAUACAAAACGCGUCCGAAAGUGGCAUCGAUCGACUUUCGCGCGAGCAAAUGAUUCACCGCUGCAUAAGUGCAGAGAUUACGCCUCAUUAUAAUCUGAUCGUAUCAUCAGAACUACACAUCCAACACUGUUACUCUCGUGACACUGAGAAUAUUCCAUACGAUUGGCUUGAUGUGAUAUUUUUCAUACUUGCUGCUGCAAUUAUCGUACUCGUGGUAGCUUCCACCGUGUACGAUAUGCACCAGCAGGCAAAGCAAAAGUUUCCCGAAGAAUACUUCUCACGAAACUCGAAGCAGGCCCACCAGCGGCUUCUCACCGCGUUCUCAUUUCCACGCAACAUCCGUCGACUGCAAGAACCAAUCCAUACACAAACGCGCAUCGAUCUAGCAUGCUUCGAAGCAUUUCGGUUCGCACAGACGUUCCGUGUCAUCUUCCUGCACGUGACCAUUGCACACUUGAAGAUCCCACAACGUAAUCCCGAGUAUCUCGAGCAGCUACAACACGGUGCCGUGCUGCAAACGUUCAUUGCCGAGUUUCAGAACUACGUUCAAACGUUCUUCACUAUCGGCGGUAUGUUAAUGACGGUGAACUUUCUCGAUCAUAUACGCAAAAAUCCUACAUUCCGACUGUCGUAUUUCGGUGAGCGUCUGCUAAAUCGACUAUGCCGAUUAGUGCCAACGUACGCCUUCAUGAUAUUGCUCGAGGCAUCAGUUAUGCGACACCUCAUCGAUGGACCGUUCGGACAGCAGUUCAUUGGAGAAUCGGCCGAAAACUGCCAACAGCGAUGGUGGAUGAAUUUGCUAUUCGUGAAUAAUUAUAUCGGCUGGGAUUACCCGUGCUUCAUACCUUCCUGGUACCUCGCGACAGAUCUGCAACUAUUCAUAUUCGGACUUAUGAUAAUGAUGAUUUUCUGGCGAUGGCCAUCCACCAGAAAAUACAUCUUUAGUGCAAUCUUCCUAUACAGUGUAAUCGUUCCUGCGGUGGCCUAUCUCUCGACUAACAUUACGCCCGUCAUGACGGGGGACAUGAAGGAUGCGGAACAGUACAUCCGUGGUCAACAAUUCCAGCGUGUGCUUUAUUUCCCGUUUCACCAAAAUACCGGCAUUUACUUCUUCGGCAUGCUUGCCGGCAUUAUAUACCAUCACUACCGUGACCAACGGAAGGAACUAUUCAAAGUUGCUGCAUUUCGUCAGCUAGCUCAAUUUAGUGGACUUUUGUACGUGUUCUGUAUGGCCACCGUAUCCUGGGUGGUGUCGAACCUUUCCUGGCUUCCAGCAAUCUGUCUCGCUGCGUACGCAAGCGCCUUCAAGCUUAGCUGGGGUCUGUUCAACACUUUACUGCUGCUAGCGUUAGCGUUGCUGCAUCGACACAACUGGAUUAAGAUGGCACUGAGCCAUCCGAUCUUUCGCGUGCUCGGCAAAUUAGGCUAUAGUGUCUACCUUAUCCAUUUCACCGUAAUCGUACAGGUUUACGGUAGGGAGAAAGCACCCAUCUUCAGCAAUGAACUGAUCGUCACGGGCUACACAGUGGAGGUGUUGUUCUUCAGCUAUAUCCUAGGUGCAUUGCUUUGCGUACUGGUAGAACUACCGACCGGAGCCGCACUCAAAGAGUUGAUUGAACCUAGAGCCCAAACACCUUCCAUCAAUCAAGUGCACUCAGCUUCUGAGCCGAUCGGCGCACAGGUAGGAUCAUCAUCAUCAACUACCUUGACAAACACACCGGCACCAGAUGCAACAGUCAUGACGAGCUCGAAUGAGAGCCGAUAACUCUCCCGGUAGGGAACGCUGUGAUAACCCAGAACAUUUGCUGGUAAAGUUUGAGAAUCGAUCUGCUAGGAGUAUCUUUAUACAAAGAAUAUUUCCAAUUACCGUAUUUUUUCUAUAAGAAUAUUAAAACUUAGCGUGAGAUAUCAUUCUCCAAAAAAAACAGUCACCGCUUUUGAUCCCAACGUUUACUCGCCGUAAACUCUACUAUUGGGCAAUGCUUGUAACCUUCAAACACACUUCAGAUAUAACUUUAAGCUGUUUCACAUGCCAAAUGCAUGCCAAAGCACUCACUACUUUACUACACCGCAGUGGAAAAUUUGCGAACAAAAAAAGAUUCUCACUACAGGAAGAUUCUUUGGCCUUGCCUAUUUCCAUACAUUUAAGACUGACCGACAUCCGGUACCGAUUGCUUUCCGGUAUGGGACGCCUCUUCGUAAACCAAGCCCUCUGUACAAAGCGAACAAAACCUUACAGAUAAGCCACGACGUUCCGGGUCGUUAAACACAAGUAUUCGUUAGUUUUAAUACUGGUUUCUUUUUAGUUUGUGUGUGAGUUAUCGGCAUGUUAUCGAGCACGAUUAUUAUUGGUGCAAGGUAUCUUUUAAAGCUGCUUGUUUUUGUCAAAGGAAGUACAUAAAUCUACCGGUGUGGAUGAUCCUCUGUACUACCGACAUAGAUAACACAGGUUAACGUAUUAUUGUGGAAUAAAUGUAAACGUCUGAAAUACACCCGGCAUGCAUACCUAUCUCCAGUGGUUGAUGACAGGAAAAAAUACAAAUUUUAUUAGCCAACACCCAACAUAUUAUCGCAAUUACAAUCAACCGGAAGCAUCGACUACGCCUUUGGUUCGAUCGUUACCGGUAUUGUUAGAUCUUUGUAGGCGUUUUUCCGCAAACAUUCCAACCACAGAAAAAUGUCAAAACGAAGCAAUCGAUCAUCAGAAGGUAAGUGUACGUCCAUUGAUGUGAUAAAUGUCAUUGUACUUUCUAUCCGCAAAACCCCGCUUAACACGUGCGCACAAAACAGCAUGUUAUUGUACAGCAUUUGCAGACCUUCGUGGACACGCUCCAGAAGCAAUUCACCUUCUCCAAGCGUAAUAGGUACCGGGCAAACACGUGUGAGCAUUUAUUCAACAUUGUCAUCGUUCAACUGUACACGGUUGGCUACUCUGCUAAAAUGUUUAGAUGCACACGACAAACACCAUUUGACCUGCUUGCUGAUCAAGGACAUAUCGACCGUGAACUUCGUAUAUCUUCACAUGUUUCGCGUGCAGGAUGCAGUGUACACGCUUGCAGAUUUCAAGCAAAAGUGAGAUCGGCUUCAUGUGCGAUGCUUUUGAUCCGACAUCCUGUUAAAGAGGUGGACCGGUAACCCGUGCAAAAUGUGUGUUCUUCUUUGCUUGAUAUUUUGGACAAAACCAUAGUUCCUAUACAUAGUUUCCUGUUUAAUGCAAUUUAUGUAGCAUAUUUUGUUCUUAUUCCAUUUGUAAAGUUUUUGGAAAUUCUUCUUCUUCUUCUUCUUCGUGACUUGAUGACCUCUAAGGUCAUGCCGGCUAUUUCAGGCUUACUAGACAUAUUUUUCGCCUUGUAGCCGGUGAACCAGUCCUUGCUACAGGGGGACGGUCCAGAUGGGGUUUGAUACCCAGUCCCAGUCGUGUGGAACCUGCGCAGUUUAUCACAUACACCACCCACCUUCCGGAAUUAUUUUUUUAAUAUUUUUUAAAAACCAGCAUAAAAAAAACGCUGCGGCCGCUUUAAGAAAUUGUUUUAAUAUUUUUUAUGAACUAAAUUAAAAGAAAAACUAAGUGGGUAAAUUAGUUAAUAUUCUCUUGGUUAAAUGAUCAUUUGAGGACAACAUUUCCCAUAUUUCAGUAUCCUUUGAAAAUAUGUAACACAGCAAAUUAAAACAAAAAAGCAAUUUUUAUAUUAGUUUAAAUUGGUUACCAACGAUUAAUCCGUUUUUAAUCGAAGUGAACAUUAAUCAGCUUCCAUGAAAGGUGUUGUAAGGUCUCACCUCUAAUGUCUUCAUUAUGAACUCCUCUAACCAACAGACGUGACAAAAAAUACCAACAACGAAAAAUAACGCCGCGCCCUCAUUAUUUGCACCCUUGCCUUGCACAGAUACAACAAAAGCCACAGCAUUACGUUGAAACUAUUAAAUUGUUCGCGUCCCGCCGAAUUCAAGUCUUUUAUUCAAGACCACACGAACGCGAAUCAGUGCCGAAAUGAGAUUAACACGCUGUGUGCAGUGUAUGGCAGCUUGAUGGCUUACCCUCACGUACCCUGAAGCUGAUGGCGGCUUCAUUGAACGAGACGUCAUUUCAUGCAAUUUACAAUAGAAAGUGCUCGACAACCGAAAUGCCAGCCAUAGCUAAUGUGAAAAUAAUCACCUUGUCCAUUCUUUUUUCUUUCCUCUUCACUUCCUCUUUACACCGGCAUGUGGAGUUUGUUGGUUUUCUGCUUGGUUAGCUCCCACUCCGAAAGAUUAGAAUCGUUCCCUGGUAAUACCUUUUAGAUCUGCAAAUGGAGCUGUCAGUUUGCUGAAUUGACGGAGCUUUUUUGCCUAAAUUAUAAACCACAAAUACCACAACAAUCGGAGCAAAGCUGAGUGUACGAUCAGUGCCAGAUAACGAAUCAAAGCACCGUCUCUAAAGUGCGGAACGAAACUGGGAGGGAAUCUUAAAUCUGAUUGAGUUAUAGUGUAUCAUUAGUUGAGGCCGGUACGUGUGUGUUAGCCACAGAAGGGCAGGUUGUGACGUCAAAUUUAGUAUCAUGCUAGUGGCACAAAUGCAUUGAAGCAAAAUGUAAAAUUAAAUUUCAUAAUUCGUAGUACAAAAAUUGAAAACCCCUCGUAUUGACGUCAUAAAUAGAACAAAUUACAUAUAUUGGUGAGAUAAAAAA